UCGCUAUAAAAGGGAAGACAACCUUUCCUUUCUUGAACACACAACACCCAAAGUUUUCCUUUUCUCUCUCCCUCUCUCUCUCUGGUGUUUGUUUUACUUUCGGUAACAGGAAGCUUUUGAUUCCUCUGAUCAGACCUAACUCAAGCCAGCUCCCAAUAAGGGAAAGUAUAAUGGCUAGAGAGAAGAUCAAGAUCAAGAAGAUUGACAACGUGACUGCAAGACAAGUGACCUUCUCCAAGAGGAGGCGAGGGCUUUUCAAGAAAGCUGAAGAGCUUUCUGUUCUUUGUGAUGCUGAGGUUGCUGUCAUCAUCUUCUCUGCUACCGGCAAGCUCUUUGAGUAUUCCAGCUCCAGUAUGAAGGAUGUACUUGCAAGGUAUAAUCUGCACUCCAAUAACCUCGACAAAAUAAAUCCGCCGUCUCUUGAGUUGCAGCUAGAAAACAGCAAUCACAUGCGAUUGAGCAAGGAAGUUUCCGAGAAGAGUCAUCAACUAAGGCGGAUGAGAGGUGAAGAUCUUCACGGACUAAAUAUAGAAGAAUUGCAGCAAUUGGAAAAGGCGCUUGAAGUAGGACUUAGCCGCGUGCUUGAAACCAAGGGAGAACGAAUUAUGAAUGAGAUAUCUACCCUUGAAAGGAAGGGAGUACAGCUUUUGGAAGAGAAUAAGCAACUAAAACAGAAGAUCUCAACCAUUUACAAGGGAAAAAGACCCGCCCUUGUCGAUUUAGACACAGCAGUUCAGGAAGAAGGGAUGUCAUCGGAGUCUACAACCAAUGUUUGCAGCUGCAGCAGUGGCCCUCCUGUGGAGGAUGAUAGCUCCGAUACCUCUCUCAAAUUAGGGUUGGCCAUCUGAUGCUGAAAGUUGGAGGAAAAUGAACUGAUCCAGUAGAAUCUUGCGAGGAACAGAUCUGCUAUCGCUGGAAGAUCGACUUAUCUCUUAGAGAUACUGGUAUUUAUAUAUGUUUGAGUUGAUAUGACAAUGAAGCUGGAUUCGCUUUCUUCACCUGAAGAACUACUGUAUCAUGCUAUUUGUGAUGUGUGUAUGAAAUCUAAAACUGAAAAUAUGUUCCUGGGACUUCAACAUGGUUCUAAAUAAAUCAACUGUGAAUUGAUCAAGAA